CCGUGGAGAGCGAGCGAGGGAGAGAUAAACACAGAGAGUAGAAGAGAGGAAAAGAAGACGAAAAACAAAGAGUACGGAGAAGGAGAGAGGAGAUUUAAGGAGCAGACUGAGAGGAAGCUCGGGACUACUGCGCAUCAGAGAACGGACCUAAGUGGAGACCUUACUGGAGACCAGCGGCAGCUGAAGCGACUCCAGAGGAGGAUCAGAACGGUGACACUCCAGAGCUCCUCUGCCCCUCCUGAGGAUUCAGCGAGACAGGCGGAUCUGUGCGUCCGACCAUGGCCUUCCCAUCAGCCCCCUCCGCAUUAUGGAGUGUCAGCUUAUUGACAAUACUAUUCGCAGCUGCGGUUCACAGCAACAUUGUCUACGACGACGACCCUUUGCAGCCAGUGACCUCAGAUGAAACGGUGGCUGUGGGGGGCACGGUGACACUGACCUGCCGGGUGGCUGAAAGUGACAACUCCUCGCUGCAAUGGUCCAACACCGCACAGCAGACCCUGUACUUCGGAGAGAAGAGAGCGCUGAGAGAUAACCGCAUCCAGCUGCACCGCUCGACACCCACCGAGCUCUCCAUCACCAUCGGGGAUGUGCAGCUGUCCGACGAGGGAGAGUACACCUGCUCCAUCUUCACCAUGCCAGUCCGCACCGCCCGAGCCACCGUCACCGUGCUAGGUGUGCCUGGUAAACCUCAGAUCUCAGGCUUUGAGAAUGCGGUGCCCGAGGGGGGCAAAGUCACCCUGACCUGCACCAGCACUGGCAGCAAACCCCCCGCCAAGCUGCGCUGGUUCAGAGAAGACCAGGAGCUGGAAGGACGCCCAGACGUGGUGGAGUCUGUUCCAGAUGAUCCCACAUACAAUGUGAGCAGCGAGCUCACCCUGGAGGUGAGCCGCAGUGACGACAACGCCCUCAUCACCUGCGCCGUCGACCAUCCCUCUCUGGCCCCCGGGGAUAAGAGGAGCGAGCAGGCUCUGCGGGUGCUCUAUUCCCCCAACGUGCAGAUUGUGCCUGAGAGCGAUCUACCCAGAGAGGGAGAGAAGUUUCAUCUUCAGUGUUUGGGCAACGGCAACCCCGAGCCUGCCUCGUUCAUGUGGGAGAAGAAGGAUGGAGAGCUCCCCCCACUGGCCAAGGCUGAUGGAGCUUUCCUGCGCUUCGAGAUGCUCAACAAAUCCGACAAUGGCGUCUAUCUCUGCAACGCUGACAACGGCAUCGGAAACAGCCAGGGGGAGUACACACUUCUGGUGCAAGAUGCUGCAGACAACAUUCCAGACCCCACAGCCAUGUCGACCUCUUCGGGUGUGGACCACGCCGUGAUCGGAGGGGUGGUGGCUGUAAUCGUCUUCAUCCUGCUCUGCCUGCUCAUCGUCCUCGGCAGAUACCUCAUCAGACACAAAGGCACGUAUCUGACCCACGAGGCCAAGGGCUCAGACGAUGCUCCCGAUGCGGACACGGCCAUCAUCAACGCGGAGGGAGGCCACUCUGGAGCAGAGGACAAGAAGGAGUACUUCAUCUAGGCAGAGGACGGAGCGGUGGAGGAAUCAAAGGA